UAUACAUUGUAAUUGGUCUCUGAGCAUACUUUGAUAGAAAGAAAAAGAAAAUACGGAUAAGAAAGCAUCACAUGCGAAUUUCACAAAGAAAAAGAAAACCAGAAAUUUGAAAGCAUCAGAUGCUAAUGGUUGAAUUGAGGAUGAGCAUGGCCACAUGGAUCGACUAUGUGUCCCCUUAUUUGCUACUUUGGUGUCCUAUAAAUAAGGAAAGAGUAGGAGGAUAUUUUUUCAAUCAUCAACUGCAACAUCAAUUUUAUAGGCUCAGUAUCACCAGAAUAAGGAAAAUGGCAUCCUACCAAGCACCAAAAUCAUCAUCACGAAUCAAUGAGAAGCACAGGGCUGCAAUAGAUGAGCUGAAGAAGGAGCUCGGGGCAAAUGAAAGCCCCUUAAGCGAUGCGCGAAAUGCAAAAGCUCAGGCUACCACAAUGGCUUCUAUGUUGAAUAAUGGCGUGGGAACCAUAAAAUUCCAGGAGAAGAAAGAUUGGUCUGGUUCGAUCGUCGGAUCUAUCCCUCCUACUAUUCAAAUAAACAAGUCUAGUAAGUUUUCUCAUAGAGGCACCCCUCCUAAGGACUCAAAUGGAUCCAUGGGAGCUGUGGUGUACGUUGGUCCCAAUGUGCAAGGUGGGCCAGAUAAUUGUGCCUGGAUCAUGGCUUGGAGCACUCUUGGUGAUGGCACCGAAAACAAGAUCUAUGUAGAAACUGGACCUAGUACCAAGUAUCCUUCUGGCUCUAUUGAUUGGGACACAAUCAAAUCUAGUCUGCAAAACUCAAGCAAUGAAAGCCAUUAUUUUUACGAAGACAGCCAAACUGAGGUGUCAUCUCAAAUUGCUAAAAAUGGCAAUAAUCCUCUAGCUGCUGCAGUCUUUGAUGUCACCCUUGUUUAAAUUACUAAUGUAUCAUCUUAAGAACUAAGGUCCAGCUCCUUACAUGCAUAGAGGUAAGCUUGGGUGCAUGCAACCUCUUUUUUUUUCUUCUAUUUCUUAUAACCACGCAAUAAAAUAAAUAAGGACUUGAUACCCUUAGUUCAUGAACUUGUAACUUAUGCUCGUCACUUCGAGUUUUUAAUCUAUAUACUACUUGUAUGCAGUUA